AUGCGUUCUUCACUUCUCCAAAAACUUAAAGCAAAGGAAAUUACUCAGCAAAAUAUCAUGGAAGUUCCAACCAAGUAUCCAGGCAAACUCACCCUCAGGGUAGUUUUUACUUGCAUCAUGGCAGCCACUGGUGGCUUGAUUUUUGGUUAUGACCAUGGUGUUUCAGGUGGAGUGACCUCCAUGGAUUCUUUCCUGAAGAUAUUUUUUCCAUCUGUAUAUGAAAAAGAGUCUAAUAUGAAGCCCUCGUCAAACCAGUACUGCAAAUUCAACAGUCAGAUACUGACACUGUUCACAUCUUCCCUUUAUCUGAGCGCUCUAGUUGCGGGUCUUGGGGCAUCCAGCAUAACCAGAAUGUUGGGUAGGCGUGCAACUAUGAUUAUAGGGGGAAUACUCUUUGUGGCUGGUGCAUUAAUUAAUGGAUUUGCCGUAAGUAUUUGGAUGCUUAUUGUUGGCAGGUUGUUGCUUGGUUUUGGCAUUGGAUGUGCCAAUCAGUCAGUUCCAAUCUAUGUAUCAGAGAUGGCUCCUUAUAAUUACCGUGGAGCUCUAAACAUGUGCUUCCAAUUGUCAAUCACUAUAGGCAUCUUUGUGGCCAAUUUGUUCAACUACUACUUUGCCAAAAUUCUGAAUGGACAGGGAUGGCGCUUAAGCUUAGGGCUUGGUGCAGUCCCUGCUAUCAUUUUUGUUAUAGGUUCAUUUUGCCUUCCUGAUUCACCAAGCUCCCUUGUUGAACGUGGGUGUCAUGAAGAUGCCAGAAGGGAGCUUGUGAAAAUUCGUGGUACAACUGAAAUUGAUGCAGAAUUCAAGGACAUACUUGCUGCUAGUGAAGCCUCACAAAAUGUGAAACACCCUUGGAAAACCUUGAUGCAGAGGAAGUAUAGACCACAGCUUGUUUUUGCCAUAUGUAUUCCUUUCUUCCAGCAGUUCACUGGCUUGAAUGUGAUCACAUUCUAUGCUCCUAUUUUGUUCAGAACAAUUGGUUUUGGAAGCACUGCUUCUCUCAUGUCUGCAGUGAUAAUUGGCAGCUUUAAACCUGUUUCAACGUUAGUUUCAAUUCUUGUUGUAGAUAAAUUUGGAAGACGCUCCCUUUUCCUUGAAGGUGGUGCUCAAAUGUUGAUUUGCCAGAUCAUCAUGACAAUUGCAAUUGCGGUUGCAUUUGGCACAAAUGGGAACCCAGGAACACUGCCUAACUGGUAUGCAAUUGUGGUUGUGGGGAUCAUCUGUGUAUAUGUUUCAGGUUAUGCUUGGUCUUGGGGUCCUCUAGGCUGGUUGGUUCCAAGUGAAAUCUUUCCUCUUGAGAUUAGACCUGCCGCUCAGAGCAUCACAGUUGGUGUCAACAUGCUCAGCACUUUCUUCAUAGCCCAAUUCUUCACAUCAAUGCUGUGUCACAUGAAGUUCGGUUUGUUCAUCUUCUUCGGGUGCUUUGUGGUGAUCAUGACCAUAUUCAUCUACAAGCUAUUGCCAGAGACAAAGGGUAUCCCACUUGAGGAAAUGAGUUUGGUUUGGCAGAAACACCCCGUCUGGGGCAAAUUUUUGGAAUCAGACAGCACAAUCCAAAACGACAAGAUGAACUCCAAGUGUUGA